AUGGCUUUCACAUUUGUACUGGAAGAAAUUGUGCCUGAAGAAAGUGAACGACAAUUUGCCUACAACACGCUGGCCGCACAUCAAAGCCUGCACUCACUCAUUUAUCAGCCACAAGUAUUCAUCGCCGACGGAAUUUUGGAAGAAUUGCCGACCCUGAAUGUGCCGCCUUUUCCAUGCGAUGUGCAGCUACUGAGUGUUCGACCUUUAGCAUCUGAUGAUAGUGUACGGCUGAUGGUACUGCACAGGGCUGGCAUCGAUUGCAGAAGCCUCAACGCUCCAACAUGCAUUGCAACCGAACUUGAUAAUGCGAUAAAGAAAUAUUUGCGAUCAAUUGGUGUCUCAAAAAUACAAAAAACUUUGCUCAAUGGUGUGCAAAAAAUCGGUAAGGAAAUCGACUAUUACCAGGAAAAAUUUUCACUGAAACCAAUGGAUUUUGCUGCAUACCUCGUACGAUUCAGUUAA